GCAACACUAAGGCUGUUGCGGUUCGCCUGAGAUUAUCUCGAUCCCAUUUUAGCCAAAGAUCGAAUCGAUUAUUUGUAUGACCGGGUUUGCCAUCAAGUUCGCAUAAUGCAAGCACUCAUCAAGGAAAGCCACUCCCUGUGCCCGUUUCACACUUUGCCCAUCGAAAUGGUAGCACGCAUUUUCUCGUAUUUGGACAUACACGAAAUUUUUCGCUGCUCAAACGACUGCCUGCUGCUGCUAGCAUUGUCAAGGUGGCCGGUUGGCCGCGCGUGCACACGCAGCGAUAAAGGCGACACCAUCCGACACGCCGGCCAUCAAUGCCGGCCAGCGGAUUAUCAUGUGUUGCUGCCGUAUCACGCACACAUACACUGACUGGCGGAUGAGCCGCGGUCGGGUUUCGUGAAGUACGCAGCCGUACAGUGGAUAUCGGCAUUGUCCCGCAGAUUACCCUUCAACUCGAGUGCGCCGGCGGCAAUACAACACCGGCCUGUCUGGCCCGGCAUGGCCACUCUCUGUCACAUACCGCUCUCUGCUGUUGCUCCACUCGACAAGCGCGCUACAUUGUGCUACCACUGACCCACUGUUCCACUCGCGGAGUCGGCUGUUGUGUGCCGUUCACUGAGUAUUGUCCACCUAAACGCAUCCCGCCCCGAAAAUGUCGCUCUUGUUGCGCUUUUGGAAUUCUUUCGGAAUAACUAAUGAUUAGAAUAAACAAAGUAUUGUGGAUGUCUGCUUUUACAAUUCAUAUACGGGGAUUUCGUUGGAAGUUAACGUCUUGGGGAAUUUCUAUUGACAUCCAUGGAGACGUUGGUGUAAAGUGAUUCCCAUCCGUCUCCUCUAUGCUGCGGAUGGCUGGACCGCUGGCGGUUCGGCUUACUGACCGAAUCGUCAAGAUGCUCAUCGAUCUCUCCUUCAUUCUUGUUGUCCUUGUCACAGUCCUUAGUCUAAGUCAGACAACUUCCGAUGCGCACGCACAGUGGAGACGCUUAAGGAAACCUUCGACACAUGACGCCAAUGCAUUACAUGUAAAGCAGGUAAAACGGCAAAUACCGGCUCCCGGCAACAUGCUGCCUCCCAGCGCCGGCGGCAUCCAAGGACCCGCCAUGGGCGGGAUGCCGGCCCCGCCUGCCGGUGUCAUGCUGGCGCCCGGGCCCCCCGGAGGACCGCCCUUCAUGGGACCACCGGGAAUGGGAAUGCAGCAGGAGUUCUCCUGUGUUGGGCGACUGCCGCGGUUGUACCAGGAUCCAUGGAUGUGUAGCCGGUAUUAUUGGUGUAAUUACGGAUCGCCGCCAGUGCCCUUUACGUGUCCCAAUGGACAGUUGUUCGACCAAGAGUUGCAGACAUGCACGGCGGCCUUGGCUGUGGAGUGCCGUGAUUUUCCAGAGCCGCUGGACGCGUUGGACAUGCCAGCCGGGGGCAUCGGCUACCAUGGUCACCCGCACGGGUCCUUCGGCAUGAACGCCUCCCCCUACGGCCCCCCUGGCGGCAUGGGCGCCGUACCCGUCCCCAACGGCGUGGCCGGACCCAUCGGCAGCGCCGGCCCGAUCCAGGUGGCCAACGCGGCCCCGCCAAACGCCGUGCCGCAGACCAAUGCCGCCGCCAUCAUGCCCCCGGUGGGGGCCGCCAGCAACAGCGGCCCGAUGAUGCCGGGCGCCUCCAACGGCCUCAACGGAUUGACAGGGAAUGCCGCGCAACCGGCGUCGUUGCAAGCCGGGAAUGCGCUGUCGGGGAACAUCAAUCUCAACCAGUUCGCGCAAGCGAUACUGUCGGCCAAUUCGGCGAAUAAAGCGCAGCAGGCGUUUCUACGAUCGGCCGCCAAUCCGGAUCCGCAUAUGGGCAUGGCCAACGGGACACCGGAUCUGACGGGCGCGUGUGAUGGGGCCAAGACGGGGGUGCUGAUGGCGGAUGUGGCCAGAAAUUGUCGGAAUUAUUAUUUCUGCAGUCAAGACGGAAUGAAAUUCGAGUUCCCGUGUCCGGCCGGCAUGCUCUUCUCCGACCAGCUGCGCUCCUGCACCAGCCCCGACCAGGUGAUCUGCAUGGAAACGCAGAGCUUCGGCUCCACCACCAACCAGGUCCUCAACGGCUUCGCCGCCGCCAACGCCGCCCGCAACAACGUCGGCUACGCCGGGGUCCUCUCCAGCCAGGGCGAGCCGGUGGCCCUCCGCUAUCCCCAGAUCAACUCCGUCUCCACCAACGCCAUCUACAGCCUCCCCAGCGGCAAACGCCAGGCCAUAUCCGGGCUCCCCGACUUCACGCCGCUCUUCCAAGGGUACCCCAACACCCAAGUGCAGACCAACUACAACCCCUACGCCAUGACCCGGCAGGCGGUGGUCACCCAGCCGGUCAUGACCGGGGCCGCCGGGAGCAACCCGAGUCUAUACAAUCCGUACUUGGUAACGCAGUUGGGAGGCGGGACCUACGGCCAGAUGCCGCACCACGUGACGCAGCGGAGUAUGCACACCUCCGGGAGCGGUAACAGCGUCCCGCAUUACAACACCCAGGGGUCGUAUCCCUACCAAGCCACCGAUCCCAAUCAGUACCCGAGCCAGGCGGUCUAUCCCAACAGUUACCAUCACAGCCGCCAGAACCCGGCGAUCGUCAGUAGUGAAGGAAACGGGAGAUCCUGGAUGUCGGCGGAACCUCAGAUCGAAGGGAGCCCCUCAUACCCCGCCCAGAUGCCCCCGUCGUACUAUCCCUCGUCCGGGCAGAGCCCCAACGUCCCGGGCUAUCCCAACAGCAUGGUCGCCAGCCAGGGUGGCGGUUACCCGCCCGGAGGUGGGGGUAUGCACCAUGGACACAUCCAACUGGGCGUCGGCGGCCGCAACCGUCCCCGGAUGCCCAUCGACCCGGAAGCGGAGGUGGAAGCGGGACGCGCCCAUGAGACUCCGCCCGCGGGAGGCAGCGGAGGAGCCGCCGGUGGUGCCGGGGGGCAGGGAAUCCCCGCGGGUCUCAGCGCUCCGGGCGGCCACCAGUCGCCGGUGGGGCCGAUGAUGAUGGAGCCGGAGACGGUCAUCCCGUCGGCGGUGCCGUCGCCCAGUGUCCGCGAGGGAGGCGGCGCCAUCAAUAUGAGCGGGUUUGCGCAGGUGAUUAUUGACAGGCCGGAUGUGAUAGCAACCAGCGUGACCAUACGCCCGAUGACGCCGGACAUCAUUGUGCGGGUGCAUCUGGAUAAUGCGUCGUUUCCGCUGCUGAGCAGCCAUAAUCCGGCCGAGGCCGGACAGCAUGCUGUGUAUCAUGUUAGGAGAAAUCAUAGUGCGAAGCAUCUCGAUCAUAAUACCGUCUUUUCCAUACCCGAUAAUGCAGAGUUUACGGUGCCCCCUAAAUAACUGCUUUU